CCCACAUUGGUGCUCCGGCCUUUUUUUAUUGCCUCUUCCUCCUUCACAGGCUGUCAAGCUUGAAUUAUUAGCAUCACAAUUAUCUAUAUCUUCGAGGGAGUGUGUUUGUGUGUGUGUGCUUGUCUUGUUAUUUCUUCAAGUAAAGUAGGAGAUCAAUAUGUUGCAGCUGUUCAGUUCUCAAAGCUGUUCAAACUUACAAACCCGGCGCUAUUGAAGCUCUUGAAGAGAUUGGAGACUUGUUUGCCGUAUUGUCUUUCUGGGUUUUGUUGAUUCAAGGGACCAAAAGGAAAAGAGGCUUUAUGGGUGCAAGAAGUACUGGCAUGAGGGAGCAAAAUGUUCAAUGAGCCGCAGCGAAUGAAGUCGCGAUUUUGUCAGUUUUUGUUGCAGGGAUGGGAGUGGGAAUGAAACUUGGAUAUGCAAUUGAUCGGUUAGGAACAUCCGCGGGUAUCAAUAAUUUUACGGUGCAUUUUGGGGAUGCUCACUUGGACUAUUUCAGUACUAAGAGACCGAAAAACAAUCAAAGAACUUCAGUGGUCGAAUUUUCAGAUUCCACGGGCCGGAUGGCUGAAAACCAGAACGUAGAGUCCAUCAGAAAGACAAUGCAGAUGCAUGAAGAUAUCUUCAAACACCAGGUAAGGGAACUUCAUCGGCUGUACAGCGUUCAGAAGACGCUGACGAAUGAGCUGAAAGAGGAAACUAGACAAAACAAAGGUUCAACUCCAACGAGUAGCUCGGAUGUUAAUGUAUUCCGAUUGAUUGACCAACACAAUUCAGUAACAAAAACCAAUUUGCACUUUCAAGGCUUGAUAGACAAGCCAACAUCAAGAGAACGCAGUGACAAUUGCGUUGGAGACACGUUAAGAGUUCUGAGAGGUUUUGAUGUCAAAAGACCUGCUGAAGAAGACGUCUCGACCAGAGUCAUGGUUCCGAAAAGUAACAAAAUGAACAUUAGUAGCUGUGAUAGUGAGGUGGAGUUGACAUUAAGCAUUGGGGGUACUAGUAGUAGCAGCAGCAGCAAGAAGUCCAGAGAUUUUCUGGCUCAUCAUAGUCUACAAUUAGGAAGCUUUGAAUCUGCGACACCUAAAGAAAUACGAGAACCUGAUUCGACUUCGUUGUUCAAGUUUGAUAGAGGAGAAGAUUGCAGCACUCCAACAACUCCAAUGAGCAGCUCUAGUGCUACGGUUGAUCGGGAAAGGAAGCAGCGGCACUGGCUUUUUCGAGGCUUAAGCAUUAACAGAACAUGAGAGCUCUGACUUAAUUUGUAUGUCUUGUAUGUAAUUUCUAAACUACUCUAAAUGAAAUGCUUAAUUCGCACGAUUCAUGGACAAAAAAUUCCUCAUUUUUGUUGCACCUUUAUCCAAUAAACAGAAAAUUGAGGCAUCCAUUGAUGGAUGGUGUUCAUUGUUGUGAAAAUAGGUC